AUGGCUUUCCCUAGCCAGACGAGUGAAUGUUCGAACCAGGCCACACCGCCCACACCAUCGUACUUGGGCUCGCCGUACGGGUACGAAUUGAUCCAGGGCACGGACUCCAUCAUGGCAACUCUUGGUUCCUCCUCCCUUGCUCAGCAGAACCAGGCCAUACUUGCUCUCUUGGUGAGAGGCGCAACUCUAGAGUUCAUCUUCCACUCUGUCGAGACCUUCAAGUAUAUGGUGUGGUCCAACGAUAUCAUUGGGCUCGCGUUCACGGCGUUGUCUGGUAACCUCCAAGACCUCGCUAUCAUGGCGGUGAUCCCCGCGGAGGAGCUUGUUGGAAAGAUCCUACACGUCGGUCAGUAG